GCAAUAUUUGGCAGUUUUGGUUCUGAAUGAUGAUAACUUGACCAACCGUUAUUCCUUGAAUUAUUUUCUGUGUCAUUAGGUAUCCUCAUUUGAAAGAGGAUGGCAUUUUUGAGUCAUGUCCCGUGUGCCGAGGAAAUUGCAACUGCGUAGCAUGCUUGAGAUCCGAUGUACUUGUUAAAGAAAUGAAGAAAAAAGCAAAAACCAAAGAAGAUGAGCAUGUUGAAUUCUCUGUGUAUUUGCUGCAGACACUUCUUCCACAUUUAAGAUUGUUGGAUGAAGAACAAAUGAUUGAGAAUGAAACAGAAGCUAAGAUACAGGGUAUCUCAAUCUCUGAGCUUAGAGUAAAAGAUGCAGUAUAUUCUAAGGACGAGCGAGUAUAUUGUGAUAAUUGUAAAACGUCAAUAUUUGAUUACCACAGAAGCUGUACACUAUGCACAUUCGAUCUUUGUCUCAUCUGUUGUCGUGAGCUUCGUAGUGGGCAGCUUUUAGGUGAAGAAGUAGUAAAUAAAAGGGUAAACGAAACUGAAUCAAACGAUGUUGCUGAACCUGUAGUUCGUGAAUGGUCAAGAUUUGGAUGGCAUGCCGAAAGUAAUGGUAGAAUUCCUUGUCCAAAAGUUAGUGAUGAAUGUAACCAUGGUUUUCUAGAACUCAGAACCAUGUUAGGUCAAAAUUUUAUUACUGAUUUAUUGUGUAAAGCAAAUGAACUAGCACAACGACACGAACUUGGGACACUUGACAACUUCUGUACGUGUUCAAGGCUUGACAGAAAAACAGAUGUUAGAUAUCAUGGUAUGAGGAAGGCUGCAUCACGUGCAUAUUCUAGUGACAACUAUUUGUACUGUCCUAGGGCUGUACAACCCCAGGAUGAGGAUUUAGGACAUUUUCGAUGGCAUUGGAAAAAUGGAGAGCCUGUUAUUGUUAGCCAUGCGAUUGAUAGUACUUCUGGUUUAAGCUGGGAACCAUCUGUCAUGUCUCGUGCAUUGUGUCAGAUAGCUAAGAGCACGCAUCCACAACAUUUGGAUAUGAAGGCAAUUGAUUGCUUAGAUUUGUGCGAGGUUCAAAUUAAGAUCGAGGAAUUUUUUACUGGGUAUAAAGAAGGUCGUGUGGAUUGCCUUGGUCGACCUCGCAUGUUGAAAUUAAAAGACUGGCCAUCUACUAAUUUAUUAGAGGAAUGCUUACCUCGACAUUGUGCCGAGUUCAUAUCUUCCUUACCAUUCAAGGAAUAUACUGAUCCAUUUGGAGGUUGUUUCAACCUAGCUGCGAAAUUGCCUGAAGAGUGUCUAAAACCAGACUUGGGGCCGAAGACAUAUAUUGCCUAUGGAUUCCCUCAUGAGCUUGGACGUGGUGAUUCUGUAACUAAGCUCCAUUGUGAUAUGUCUGAUGCAGUAAAUGUGUUGACGCAUAUAGCUGAAGUUAAAUUGGAAGCGAAGUAUCUUACUGGCAUUGAGAAUUUGAAAGAAAAGCAGUUGGAGCAAGAGCAAAGGGAGCUACUGAGUGUUGGUAGUGAUGGUUCAGAUGGUGCAGUGUGGGAUAUUUUUCGGAGGCAGGACGUACCUAAAUUGCAGGAGUAUCUGAGGAAACAUUUCAGAGAGUUUAGGCAUAUCCAUUGUCGUCCUUUAAAGCAGGUUAUUCACCCCAUCCAUGACCAGACCUUCUAUUUGACUGUGGAGCACAAGAGGAAGCUAAAGGAGGAGUAUGGAAUUGAACCCUGGACAUUUAUUCAGAAGCUAGGAGAAGCUGUUUUCAUUCCAGCUGGUUGUCCUCACCAAGUUAGAAAUCUCAAGUCGUGUAAUAAGGUUGCAAUGGAUUUUGUUUCUCCUGAAAGUGUUGGGGAGUGUUUUGGUUUAACCGAGGAAUUUCGUACACUUCCAAUAAAUCAUGGGUGUGCUGAGGACAAAUUGGAGGUGAAAAAGAUGACAAUAUAUGCUAUGCAAGAUGUGAUAAGAAAAUUGGAAAGAGCGAGGUUAGCAGACAAGGGACCGGUGAAAGUGUAAAUUUUAGUGAUUAGUUCCAUAUUUUGUAAACCCAGUCUAGCUUUUGAGCUUCUGAAUGCUCAUGGUAUUUUCGGGGGUACAGUUUUAUUCAUUUGUUAAUUUCUUAACAUUUUUUGUAAUGUUCAAUGAAAGAACUUGGAGGCAAUUUUAAUUAAAGUUU